AUGCCAAUGAGUGGUCAUGGCUCGGGUGGCGAGGGCCAAUCCCGGACGCAACCAAGACCUGAUCAGGAUUACCUUCAGCCUCAGGAAGUGAAUCGGGAAGCCGAGGGGCUACAUGAGCCAAUCUCCUUCAAGCGGAAACAAAAACAACGAUCGCGGUUCAAUCUAUCUAGCCUUCUCUCCCCAACCGCUGGCGGAUCUGAUACUGGCUUUGGCUCUUCCGCGCCGCCAGGUGGUCAGAACGGAGAUGCAUCGCCCCUCGAUCCUUAUGGGCCGAUAGGAUUCAAUGGUGCGCCAGAGGGAUCAAAGGAUGGUGGGCCGUUAGACUGGUAUGUCGAAGGCCCGGGACGACGUGUGGGUUAUGACGACUUCACUGCUAUUGAUUGGAUGUACGAGUAUACAAAAGAGCGGCAAAGGAAACGACUACUCUAUGCAAAGGGACAGGGUCUUUUAGGUCAUGCUCGCCGUCUACUCGACGCAGGCAAUGUCUGGCUGGUUUUGAUUACAACGGGUAUCGCGGUUGGAAUCAUCGCUGCCUCUAUCGAUAUUGCGACAAAUUGGCUGGGCGAUUUGAAGAGUGGAUAUUGCAAAAAUGGCAGUGGAGGAGGCAAAUUCUAUUUGAAUAAGAGCUUUUGCUGCUGGGGUCUUGAUGAUCACUCCAAGUGUCUAGACUGGACACCUUGGGGCAGCGCUUUGGGAGUGAGCUCCGGCGGAGGAACAUAUGCGGUUGGAUAUGUCUUCUAUAUUGUAUUUUCGGUUUUCUUUGCUGCAUGUGCUUGCUUCCUGGUGCGGAACUAUGCCAUUUAUGCUCGACACAGUGGAAUUUCCGAGAUCAAGACGAUACUUGGUGGAACUGUGAUCAGACAUUUCAUGGGGCCAUGGACGCUUGCCAUUAAAUCACUGGGUCUGUGUCUCUCUGUUGCAUCAGGUUUGUGGCUAGGGAAGGAAGGCCCGCUCGUACACGUUGCAUGUUGCUGUGCGAAUAUUCUGAUGAAACCUUUCGACGGACUGAAAGGCAACGAAGCACGCAAACGGGAGGUCCUUUCUGCGGCUGCUGCCGCGGGUAUUUCAGUCGCAUUUGGAGCACCUAUUGGAGGUGUUCUUUUCAGUUUGGAGCAACUUUCAUACUAUUUUCCAGAUAAGACGAUGUGGCAGAGCUUUGUUUGUGCUAUGGUUGCAGCUGUCACUUUGCAAGCCUUAAAUCCAUUCCGCACCGGCAAAAUCGUGCUAUAUCAAGUUACUUACACUCGAGGGUGGCACCGCUUUGAAAUUAUCCCGUUCAUUAUUCUUGGCAUCAUUGGUGGUCUCUACGGUGCAUUCCUCAUUCGCGUAAAUACGAGAUUUACCAAGUGGAGACGAGCUCGAACUUCCUCUCACCCAAUGAUCGAAGUGGUCGUCGUGGCUCUCAUUACAGCUUUGGUUAACUAUCCUAACCAUUUCAUGCGGGCUCAGAACUCGGAGCUUGUUCAGUCGCUGUUUGCCGAGUGCAACAGUGCGACAUAUGAUCGAUUUGGCCUUUGUGCAACAGGGUCUGCCUCAGUCCGCGUGGCAAUUUAUCUUGUUCUGGCUGCGUUGCUUGCCUUUGUGUUGGCUUCUUUGACAUUUGGUCUUGAAAUUCCUGCGGGUAUCAUCCUUCCAUCAGUGGCCAUUGGUGCUCUCUAUGGACGUGCUCUAGGUAUCAUGGUCCGCAUGUGGCAGGAAGCUUAUCCGAACGCUCUUCUGUUUAGCAAAUGCGAGCCAGAUAUCCCAUGCGUAACGCCUGGCUUAUACGCCAUUAUCGGAGCUGCUGCUGCUCUGGGUGGUGCUACUCGAAUGACGUUGUCAAUUGUCGUUAUUAUGUUUGAAUUGACUGGGGCGUUGACAUAUGUGAUCCCAAUCAUGAUUGCCGUGAUGUUGUCCAAGUGGUGUGGUGAUAUCUUUGGAAAGCGAGGUAUCUACGAGUCAUGGAUUCGGCUGAACGAGUAUCCUUUCCUCGACCAUCGCGAUGACACAACUCCACCAGAUGUAUCUGCGCACAGUGUCAUGACAGGUGUGGAUGAUAUCAGCAUCAUUACCGCAACCGGCCACACUAUUGCCUCGAUUCGCAAUCUCCUAGCUAACACUACAUAUCGCGGAUUCCCCGUGGUAUCAGAAUCAUCGACUCCCAUCCUCCUGGGCUACAUCACUCGCAAUGAGCUUUCUUUCGCUCUGAACUACUCAACUUCCCCAACUACCCGUAACUUAUCCGAGGAGACUCAAGUUUUCUUCUCGCAUCAGCCUUUUGCGGAUCCUGUUGAUACCCUUGAUUUACGACCCUGGAUGGACCAGACGCCCAUGACCUUGAACAGUAACAUCACUUUCUUGAUUGUUCUACGAAUGUUCCAACGUCUUGGCUUGCGCUAUGUACUGUUUGCCAACAAGGGCAUUCUACAGGGCUUGUUGACCAAGAAAGAUGUUUGGUCGGUGCUAAAUGGUGUCGAAUUUCGCCGGGAAGAAGCCCUUCAAGAUGAAGAAUGGCGGGAUUUCCAAAAUACCCACGAGGCUGAGGAAGUUGCUGUCAAUAUCAGGAAUAUCAUGGAAAUUUUCGAAAUUCCCCAGCUCCUCCAAGGCCAAAGCCACAUCAUGGAAGCACCGGUACUCCUCAACAAAGUCCAGCCACCAGACGAUAAAAUGAUGAUCGAUCCUUUUGAGGUGCGCAUGCGCUUCACUACGCAGCUGCAGCAUCUCAGUGCAGCUGUCACAUCCUCGCAGAAGGCCGCCCAUUAUGCUCUCAAGUACCGCGACCUCGAUGAAGACCUUCACUCGUGCAUCCUGGAGCAACUUGAGCGAAAUAACAUGAACAACCGCGCAAAUAUAAUGUACUUCAUCGAACACCUGUGCGAAAUGGCCAUCAAGGAAAACUACCUCCCAUACGUGCGCAUGAUGCAACGAGACAUCCUCCGUGUGGUGGACUCGGUUGUUCCCCCUGACGGCACCGGCGCGGCCAAUGUCAAGCACGUUCGCCACGUAUUAAACGGUCUCCAGGCCAAGCAAGUCCUCAGCGCCGAAACCGUUGCUGAAAUUGACGCCGCUCUGAAAGACCGCGAAUCCCACCCCUCCCACCUCGAUCUAGAACAAGAAGAGACCGCAGAAGGCGGCAAAUCGAAAUCAGAAAAGCCCCAAUUACGCCUCGACAGAAAACAGAUCGAGCAGCGCAUCGAAGAGGACCGUGAGCGCAACAAGCGUCAGCGCGAGGGCAUGUGGGCUAUGACUGGCAGCGAUAUCGAUGAGUACAACCAAAUGUGGGAAGAGCUCAGCCCAAUUGGCGAGGACGACUUUAUUCGAUCUCGCGAGGAGGCCUUGGAGCGCGCCGAGUGCGUUCGCAAGCAUGAGGAUUUUUACAAGACGCUUUACGGUAUCCAAAGGUAA